AUGCCUGCUAUCGAGCACCCCACUAUCAAGGAUGGCUGGUUCCGUGAGAUCUCCGGUAUGUGGCCUGGUCAGGCUAUGACCCUCAAGGUCGAGGAGGUCGUCCACCACGAGAAGAGCAAGUACCAGGAUGUCCUCAUCUUCAAGUCCACCGACUACGGCAUGGUCCUUGUCCUCGACAACGUCAUCCAGUGCACCGAGCGCGACGAGUUCUCCUACCAGGAGAUGAUUACUCACCUUGCCAUGAACUCCCACCCCAACCCCAAGAACGUUCUCGUUAUCGGCGGUGGUGAUGGUGGUGUUCUCCGCGAGGUCGUCAAGCACGAGUGCGUCGAGAAGGCUGUCCUCUGCGACAUUGACGAGGCUGUCAUUCGUCUCUCCAAGCAGUACCUCCCCGGCAUGUCUGUCGGCUUCGAUCACCCCAAGACCGAGACUAUCGUCGGCGACGGCUUCAAGUUCCUCGAGGACAAGAAGAACCAGUUCGAUGUUAUCAUCACCGACUCCAGCGACCCAGAGGGUCCUGCCGAGGCUCUCUUCCAGACGCCAUACUUUGAGCUGCUGAGUGGCGCUCUGCGCGAGGGUGGUGUCAUUACGACUCAAGGUUCCGAGAACCAGUGGUUGCACCUCCACAUCAUCACCGACCUCAAGAAGUCCUGCAAGUCAGUCUUCCCCACCGUCGAGUACGCCUACACCACCAUCCCUACCUACCCCUCCGGCCAGAUCGGCUUCAUGGUCUGCUCCAAGGACGCCGAGCGCAACGUCAAGAAGCCCCUCCGCAGCUGGUCGCCUGAGGAGGAGGACAAGCUUUGCAGGUACUACAGCAAGGAGAUCCACGAGGCUGCUUUUAUUUUGCCUACCUUUGCUCGCAAGGCCCUUGCCCAGGUCUAA